ACCUUAUCUUGUUCGGUGGAAAAACUACUGCAUUCUGUGUUUGUCGGAAAGUACCGUUGUUUUAUAGCAAAAAUCCGAGUUGUUCAUCAUGCCUCCCAAAAAGAAAAGUGGGAAGAAGAAGGGGAAAAAGAAAUCUGCCAAGUCCAAGACACCUACAAUAGUAGAUGGGAUUAGCACAGAAGAGAUGAGCAAAGAACAGUUGGAAGAACACAUUGUGAGAUUACGAGAGGAAUUAGAUAGGGAACGUGAAGAACGCAAUUACUUUCAACUGGAACGAGAUAAAGUGAAUACUUUUUGGGAAAUCACAAAACGACAGCUUGAGGAAAGGAAGGCAGAGCUGCGUAACAAAGAUAGAGAAAUGGAGGAGGCAGAGGAAAGACACCAAGUGGAAAUUAAAGUUUACAAACAGAAAGUGAAACAUUUAUUGUAUGAACACCAGAACAACAUUGCAGAACUUAAAGCUGAGAGUGCUGUGGCGUUGAAGUUAGCACAAGACGACCACAAAGGCAAUGAGCAAGACUUAAGAAAGGACAAGAGAUCUCUCAAGGUGGAAUUAAAAGAACAAGAACUUUCUCAUGAAGAUGUUGUUAAGAAUCUCAAGAAGGGUCACGAUGAACAUGUAACAAAACUCAGGCAGGAUUUUGAGAGACAAGUUAAAGAAAUUGAGUCAAAGUAUGACAAGAAAAUGAAGGCACUUAGAGAGGAACUUGAGCUGAGGAGGAAAACUGAAAUACAUGAAAUUGAAGAGCGCAAGAAUGGUCAAAUCAACACCUUGAUGAAGAAUCAUGAGAAAGCUUUCAGUGACAUCAAGAAUUACUACAAUGACAUAACACUUAAUAAUCUGGCUCUUAUAAAUUCCCUCAAGGAACAAGUUGAGGAGAUGAAAAAGAAGGAAGAGAGAAUGGAGAAACAAAUGAAUGAAAUUAUGGCAGAGAAUAAGAGAUUAACAGAACCAUUACAGAAAGCCAGAGAGGAGGUGGAAGAACUUAGAAAACAGCUUGCAAACUAUGAAAAAGACAAAGCGUCAUUGGCUAGUGCUAAGGCACGGCUUAAAGUUCAAGAAGAAGAACUAAGGAGUUUACAUUGGGAACACGAAGUUCUCCAACAGCGCUUUAGUCAGACACAAAGUGAACGUGACGAGUUGUAUGGCAAAUUUGUCAAAGCUAUACAUGAGGUUCAACAGAAGAGCAACUUUAAAAACUUGCUUCUUGAGAAGAAACUGACUGCUCUGGCUGAUACACUGGAGAAGAAGGAAGCGCAGCUGAACGAAGUGUUGUCAGCAUCCAAUUUGGAUCCUACUGCUUUAACAGUUGUAACCAGAAAACUUGAGGAUGUUUUAGACUCGAAGAACAGUGCUAUCAAAGACUUACAGUACGAAUUGGCACGUGUUUGCAAGGCUCAUAAUGAUCUCAUCCGAACUUACGAAGCAAAGCUCCAGUCGUUCGGAGUACCGACCGAAGAACUCGGGUUCAAGCCCCUCGAGAGCAACGUUGGAGGACAACAACUCGGCCGAGGCCCCGCGGGUCUGGUUGCUGCACCAACUUAAGCUGAAAGAGCGUUAUUCUUCGAUUUCGUUCAUUUUAAUUUCUAAGGGACCAUUUUAUAUUAGUUCUGACACAUUUAUAACAAUUUGUAAAUAGAAUUCUUGCUACAUAUGUAGUUUUUUUUAGAAAACUGUCUAAUUUAUUUGCAUUUUUAUCUUGUGCAAUUCCGUCCAGGACAUUUUGCAUAGAAAAACUCAUUUUUACGUUUUCUGGUUUUCUCACUUAAGCUCUUUGAUGUACAUUUUAUAUGUUUCUGAAAAAUACAGUCAAAGCAGUUUUCAACUAAUCUUGAUCUAAUUAGCAUGUUGUUUUGUUGGGAAUUUGGUGUAUUUUUCCAUGUAUAAAAUAUACUGUUAUCCAUUCAUCCAAGCGACUGAAACGUCAGUUGAGAAAGAUUCUCAUUCUAAGUGUAUUCCUGUAUCAAUGACUUGAAUUGUGUGUUCUGUGAAAAUUAUAGCGAAAAUUGUCAACUUGGAAGAAAUUCUAAUUAAAAAUAUUGAUUAUUCUACA